AUGCCUGUUGCCAGGAGUUGGGUAUGUCGGAAGACCUAUGUCACCCCCAGGCGGCCUUUUGAAAAAUCACGCCUUGAUCAGGAAAUUCCUUUACUAGGUGAAUAUGAGCUGCGGAACAAGCGUGAGGUAUGGCGAGUGAAGUUCACUUUGGCAAAGAUCUGCAAAGCUGCCCAAGAGCUGCUCAUCCUGGAUGAGAAAGAUCAACGGUGCCUUUUUGAAGGCAAUGCCUUGCUGCGCCGUUUGGUCAGAAUUGGGGUGCUGGAUGAAGGCAAAAUGAAACUGGAUUACAUCCUGGGCCUGAAAAUUGAGGAUUUCCUGGAGCGUCGUCUCCAAACCCAGGUCUUCAAACUGGGCCUGGCUAAAUUCAUCCAUCAUGCUUGUGUGCUUAUCCGCCAGAGACACAUCCGGUAUGCUACUGAGAGCCAAAGUUUGGGGAGUGUGAAGUUUAAGUUAACUGCUGACAUUGCGUGUCAGCAUCAGAACCUGUGCCUCUGA